AACCGCCUCUCCUCAUCGCGAUCCCGCCUUUACCGAGACAGCGAGGCCAGCCAAUCAGCAUCGCAAGCUGGGUUAGUCAGAGCGUUUCUGCAGCCAAUCAUACGCGACGGUAACAAACCGGACACGCCUACUACCAGUGACGCUCUACAGGAUAUAGAAACGUUAUUUUUGUUUUUGCGCCGGGGAGCGAGAGAGCGAAGAGGUCGCUGAGCAAAAAGGAGUUGCUGAUUAUAUGUGAAUGGGAAUUCCCCAGUAAGUGAAACCCAGUCUGAAACUGAAACCAGUGAAGAUGGACGUCAGCGUCUCCGUGUCGUUCUUUCAAGACGAGCUCGCCUCUACCAUCGAGCACGCAGUGAAAGCGGCUGUAGACACCGUCUUGUGCCAAAUCACAAAAGUUGUCGGCGGCAAAUUCACUGAAUUCCGAAUGGAAAUGGCUGGAAAGGAGAAAGAGAAUGAAAGUCUGAAGCUGAGAUUGGAAAUAUCAGAGAGCGAGUUGAAAGCAGUGCGGGAAUGCCUCAGCGCGGCGGGUGCAAACAUCAAACAAGCUCUCCUGAACAUAAAACCCGACUGUAAUGAACAAGACUUUCAGAGGAACGAGAAUCAGGGACUAUUAACCAGAGUAAAAGAUCCUGAAGAGAGACCUGCUUCCAGUGACGAAGAGGAGGGGCCAGUGAUAGAAGCUGUUUACACACACGAGGAAAUCUCUGAUCAGGAGUGGGGUGUAACUCAAAUGGAGAUUACAAAGCUGACAUUUGUUGACAGUAAAGACCCUGAACUUGAACCGGUCCACAUUAAAGAGGGCGUCCCAGAACUGGAGUGUGUUCACAUCACAGAGGAAGUUUCUAAUAAAGAUGAAGUCAGUAUACUGGAGGGGAAUAUGGUGAAGCUGGGAUCUAGACAUUGUGAUGAGUCCCCACCUGAACUCUCCUGCGUGAAACCCAAUCAGCCUGUCUCUGAAGACACUGGUUCUAGUGUUGGAGAAGAGGGCACUGUGCUGGGGUCCAUUCAGGGGAAACAUCACCCCCCUCAGGAAAGAGCUGCAGAUGGAAAGGAGGAAGGAGCGAUGCCGUCCACGAGCAGCACAGCAUAUGAAGGAGAACACGACUCCACUUCAUCACUCCACUGCAAAAACUCUUCCAGUGGCAAACCACAGAGCAAGAAACACAGAGAGACGACAGGCAGAGAAGAAAGUUUUAAGAAAUUGAGAACUUGCUCAGUUAAAAUUCAUUCUUUACAAGGCAGACCACCAUUUACUCUGCAGAGUACAGAGACUGCACAUUCUGUGCGUGUGACCAACUCUGAAACCCGGGGCAACUUGAAGACCUUGCCUUGUUCUGCUAAAGCUAGGAAGAGUUCCAGUCAAUUAGGCUCUCCUAAAACUCCCAAGAGAAAUCGCACAGGAAGGGCUCCAUUUCCCUGUGCUGAUUGUGGGAAGAGUUUCAGUCAGUUAUUACAGCUUAAAAGACACCAGCGUGUUCACAAAGCAAAUAAAUCACACCAGUGUAAUUAUUGUGGGAAGCGCUUUAAUGAAAUAAGAAAUAUUAAAAGACACGAACUGAUUCACACAGGAGAGAAACCGUAUCGCUGUAAUAAAUGUGGGAGGAGUUUUAAUGAUUUAGGAAAUUGUAGAAGACACGAACUAAUACACGCAGCAGUGAAACGCUGAAUGUUGGGAAAGGUUUAAUCUGGUGGAUUACUGGUCACCUGAAGAGAUUAAUGUGAUUAACCCUUUGCGGUCCAUUUAUUGCCUUUGUUCUAGGGGCAAGUCACAGAACAAAAAAAAAAAAAUACAGCCUCUAUUUAAACAUAAAUAUUUAUAUAACGUUGCAUGUUCUCUCAUCUUCUGCUGGUAAUAACAGCUGUGCAUCUUCCACUGUCCUCAUAAAGGAAGGUAACUGAUGUAUUGAAUUAUUGAAUUUGCGGUGCAUGGCUUUUAUAAUUAUAAUGUUGUUUAAAUGCUUGUAGUGAUAUUUGUUGUCUAUAUACAGUAUGUGUAGGUGAUGCUUGAUGUAGGUGUUACUGAAGUAUUGCUCAUAUCUAGUAGCUUCUGAAUAAACUUUUUUUUUUUU